ACGAGACUACAACAGAGUUGUUGGAGAAGAAGGAAGGAAGGCUGCGAGCCGACGGGAGGAAAGCAAAAACAAAAAACCCCACAAGAAAACAGCUUUCUUUAAAGCAGGAGGACAAGUCGAACCGAACCAUGGCGACCGAGGAGACACUGUACAUAGAAACGGACGACUCAGAAAUGCCGACGGAAAUAGUAGAACUGCACGAAAUCGAAGUGGAGACGAUCGAGACGACAGUUGUGGGAGAAGACGGAGAACAGCAGGCGAUGAUCGCCUUACAGCCGCUCGACCACCCGCAGCACCAGGAGGUGAUCCUGGUCCAGACCCGGGAGGAGGUUGUGGGGGAAGACGACUCCGACCUGCAUGCGGACGAUGGGUUCGAGGACCAGAUCCUGAUCCCGGUGCCCGCCGUGGAGGAGGACUACAUGGAACAGACUCUGGUUACGGUGUCCGGGAAAGCGGGCCGGUCCAGGAAGGCUGGCAGCGGGAAGAAAGCGACCAAGAAGAGCUACCUGAGCGGGAAGUGGGAGCAGAAGCAGGUCCAGAUCAAGACUCUGGAGGGAGAGUUCUCGGUGACUAUGUGGGCAUCCGAUGACAAGAAGGACAUAGACCACGAAGAGCAAAUCACAGGCGAGAACUCUCCUCCAGAUUACUCAGAAUACAUGACGGGGAAGAAGCUUCCUCCUGGAGGCAUCCCAGGCAUCGACCUGUCUGACCCCAAACAACUGGCAGAGUUUGCACGAAUGAAACCAAGAAAAUUAAAAGAAGAUGACGCACCAAGGACGAUAGCCUGUCCGCACAAAGGCUGUACCAAAAUGUUUAGAGACAACUCGGCGAUGAGAAAGCACCUGCACACCCACGGGCCUCGUGUGCACGUCUGCGCCGAGUGCGGCAAAGCUUUUGUGGAGAGUUCAAAACUGAAGAGGCAUCAACUUGUACACACAGGAGAGAAACCUUUCCAGUGCACGUUUGAGGGCUGCGGAAAAAGGUUUUCGCUGGACUUUAACUUGCGCACGCAUGUGCGUAUUCACACUGGAGACCGCCCGUAUGUCUGCCCCUUUGACGGCUGCAACAAGAAAUUUGCCCAGUCAACCAACCUGAAGUCUCACAUCCUCACACACGCCAAAGCUAAAAACAACCAGUGAACAUGAGCGUAUGAUGGAGGAUUUGCCGUGUAUCUCCGCUCCCUGACAAACUGUUGUCUUGCGAGAUAUAAAAUCCCUCUUUGUACUGUCUCUUUGAUAAAUACUUAAACUGUGCGCCCGCCACAUGGAGGCAGCAGCUGUCACCGUGAACCCGACCCCACCCUGCCUCAACGCUACCCCUGGAUGGAUGAAUUUACAACUUCUUGCGAAGAUGUUAUUUACCUGAAGAAAAGUUAUUUAUACUUGAACCCAUCCUGUACAAAAAACAGCAAAAAAAAAAAAAAAAAAGCAGUUAAAUUUUCAUUGAUUCUCAACAAUGACACUUUUCCAGUUUUGUAUUUCCUGACAGUGUGCAUAUUGUACACUAACACGAGUUCUGUAUGUAGUCAGGUUUCAGUUUGGUUUAACCCCCUUCCCCUCAAUAUGUGUGUGUGUUGGGGGGGGGGGGGGGGGGGUCUUUACAUAUUUUCAUUUUCUACAAUGCAACUGAAUUAUUUAGAAAA